UGUACAUGUUUUCAAAUGCGAAGGUAGCAUACAUAUUACUAUAACUAUCUGUUUGAAAAAAUGCAUCUUUUUUUUUUAAUUUACCAACAGGGAAAUUUCACGUCUGCGUGGAAAUCGUGUAAUGCCAUGGGACUGUCAUUGCUGUCACUUGAGUCGCUAGAGAAGAAUAAAUGCUUGACAAAACGCAUCAGAGAAUACGCCUUGCUUAUCCAAAAUAACGCUUAUUGGACAUCAGGGACAAACGGCGAUUGUCACGAAAAGUUCUCCUGGUGCUCGAAAGGCUCAAAUUUUGCCCAGAAAAACCUGACUUCUUGGAAGAGCGGAGAGCCCAAUUUGGAAAAGGGCGAGUGCGUCUUCGUGGAGAUCAUCAGGAACGGGACCGAUGCUUUAUCGGCGAUGGCCGUUUCCAAUUGCUCCGAGCAAAGAAAUUUUGUGUGCGAAGGCAAGCUGAAAGGCACAGUAUUGGACAUCAUGCAAGCCGAGUGCAUGGAGAUGUGGAAAAUCAAGCAAGCUGACAUCGAUUUGCUCUUCCUUGGCUUUAGAAACUAUACGCAAAAGCUCAAAUGCUUCAUGAAAUGUAUUGGAGAGGAUAGAAACCUGUUUUUCAAUGGCCAAAUUGUUCCGAUCCAAAUGCUGCAAUUGAUGGAGAUCGCGACACAGGACUCGCCGAGUGAACUGGACCAGGGCUUCAACGGUUAUUUGCAGUGCUCUUCGAUAAACGGCACUGAUGAGUGUGAUUUGGCCGCCAAAACUUACGACUGCGGCGUGGAAAAAAUUCCAAACGUCACGCAGAAAAUGGUCGACGUUGGAAAAGGAAGUCCAGUCGUGCUCAUUCCGCCGAUUAAGUGCGUACCAGUUUUGAGAUCGUGUCAGACGGUAUCCACGUACACAUGCAAUGCCUUUGUUGGACCAAUAUUAUUUUGCUUUUAUUAAUAAUUUUUUGUAAAACAAAAAAAUUGUAAUCUUUAGGUUCAGCUGAAAAAUGAAUUGGCCACCACAAAUCGCACUUCCAUUGGAACUUUAAUUUGGACCAAGCUUGCCAAUAGACGAAUUUUCGUAUCAACUUUUACAAACUAUACGAGUAAUGUGAAGCCUUAUGGGUAUUGCUGCUCAAUUGGAAUGAGACCUAUCGAAUUCCGCAAUUCAUCCGAAUUGAACGAUUUUGUCCUUUCUACUGCAUCAAUUCUAUCUAGCAACUUUGAUUACAUCUACAUAUCCGAAGCUAUGGCCUUAGACUAUUCAAAAGAAGUGUGGUGUGACACUAAAUCUCCACUGGAUCCGUCACUGUACCAGAACAACUAUGUGACAAUGCCACUGAUGGGAUGCGAGCCCGAAGUCUAUAUGCUUAAAAGAUUGGUCCUUUCAAAUGGCACAACUUACGUUUUGUCAUUGUCUAGCUAUCAAUCCAAUUCAUCAGCUGCUUUCGCCUGCCAAUAAUUACAGUGAUUUCAUACAACACGGCUUGGUUGAAAUGUGUUGUUACACCUCACGUUGACAUAUUUUUAUAUUUUCAAAAAAUUACAGUUAAGAAAACAAGUAAAGAGGUGUUUUCUUAAUAACUAUAUGCAUGCACUUUCAACAAACCGUUACGCACCCUUUCUUUAAUUAUGCAUGAUGUGAGUAGCCAUCUAGCUCCUUGUAAUAAAAAA